AAAUGUAUUCCUAAUUAACAUUGCAGGAUGUGGUUUCACUACAAGUGUGGUUUAAAGAGACACAGUGUGACCAAGUGCAACGAAACUUCCUCUCAACCAAGAAGAGGUCAAAAACCACAUUUCCAGAAUUCCACAGAGUAGGAACAAAUACAACAACCCAUAUACCUAGGGAUUUUGAGAUGUACAGAAAUUCUUGAAAUUCCAAAUAUUUUUCCCUGCAAGACAACUUAAUAUAAACCAUCUGGAAGCAAGAAUUGGGCAAUCCGGCACUUAUUAGAAGCAAGAAAAAUAUUAAGCGUGUUUAGUUUUGUUCCUUGUACAUGAUCAUCACCAUUAAAAUUAAAAUAGACUGCAACAGCACAGAUUUACUAAGGUGGUAAAUCAGCCGGGAUGUUCUGGCUCAUUGUGUCCAUUGUUUUACUGCACUAUGGCUUCUCAGCUCCCAGGCUUAAGGACCUUGAAAUAUGCCAGUUAGAUAACCUCAAACUCCUACAGAGAAUACAAGUUCUGCAGAAUCAACUACAUUUAGGGGACCUGCAUCUCCAAGAUUUACUGGGCAACAACUACCACUCCCAGAAGAGCAAAGUAUUUAAAAGCAACUUCCACAGAAAUAAAGUGGAGGACAUGCCUCUUCCCACAACCAGUGGGAACCUUAUUGUAUAUGAUAAAGAUUGUUCCUCAGUCUUUGAGAGUGGAAGGAAGGAGAGCGGCUAUUAUCGCGUGCGACCAAGGUUUGAGAAUGAGCCCUUCCUAGUGUUCUGUGACAUGUCUGAUGGCGGUGGGUGGACAGUAAUUCAACGCAGGAGCAAUGGCAAAGUCAGCUUCAACCGGAAUUGGGAUGAGUAUAAAGAAGGUUUUGGCCUUUUUAAAAGUCGAAAUGAUGAACACUGGAUUGGGAACAAUCACAUAUAUGACCUGCUGGAUAAAAGAGAAAUGACACUGAAAAUUGAUCUGAUGGACUGGCAAGGGAAUGCAAAACAUGCAAUCUAUGAGACCUUCAGGCUGACCAAUGAGCAGGACAAUUACCGGCUGUGGAUAGGUUAUUACUCUGGGAAUGCAGGAGAUGGUCUGUCUGGUGGAAGUAACUUUGAUCAGCAGUGGUCGGCAUCACUCAGUGGAAUGCCAUUCAGCACACCCGAUAUAGACAACGACAGGUUCAUUAAGGGUAACUGCGCUAAGGAAAAUAAAUGUGGCUGGUGGUUCAACAGAUGCCACGCUGCCAAUUUAAAUGGAGUGUACUAUAAAAAGGGAAACUACACUGGAGUAUAUGAUAAUGGUAUUGUUUGGUCAACUUGGCAUGGAUUGUGGUACUCACUGAAAUCUACAGCAAUGAAGAUAAGGAGUCCAUCGUUUCUCAGUGAGGGAAGUGGACAGGGUUUGGAUUACUAGUCUAACACUUACUGGACACCUAUGUAUUAUGUAUUGCUUCACCAGUUUGUUACACUGCAAGUAUGUACCUGGAUAAGAGCACUUUACUCAGUCAAGACCAUUUAAGUAUUCAUAUUAAAAAUGAUGUGCCCUUGUAUGUAUAGACUAUACCAAUGGUUCCCAAACUGUGGGCUGUGGGAGUUCUGAAAUGUGUUAUGGGGAGCCCAGUUGAAGGCCAGAUUAGCUGACAUUUGGAGAAAAAAAUCCUUUUUUCUGCUUAAUCUCCCAGAAGCCCACCUUGAAGGGUCAUUAGAAUAAGAUUUAGGGUACACAACAUUUGCUAUCGAAUUUAUCUUUGAAAAUAUUGUUGAAUGUCUGAUACCAUAAUGUUUUCCUAUAUGUAUAUACUACAUGGCCAAAUGUAAGUGGGCACAUCAAUAUUACACCCAACAUGUGCUUGUUGAAUGUUUAACUUCCAAACCAUAGGCAUAAACAUAGAGUCAAACAUGGUUGCACGGAGUUGCGCCGCGUUGCACCUAUUCCAAUGUAAUAGCAUCAGUUAGGUCAGUGCUCCAAUUUAUCCAAAAGAUGACAUAGUAAAUUAGGUUGAAAAAAGACACAUGUUCAUCAAGUUCAACUUUUUAACUCUUUUUUUUUUUUAACCUGCCUAACUGCCAGUUGAUCCAGAGGAAGGCAAAAAAACCCAUCUCAAGCCUCUCCAAUUUGCCUCAGAGGGGGAAUAAUUCCUACCUGACUCCAAAAUGGCAAUCAUACCAGUUCCUGGAUCAACUUGUACUAUGAGCUAUCUCCCAUAACCCUGUAUUCCCUCACUUGCUAAACACCAUCCAACCCCUUCUUAAAGCUAUCUAAUGUAUCAGCCUGUACAACUGAUUCGGGGAGAGAAUUCCACAUCUUCACAGCUCUCACCAGUGUCGGACUGGGUUGCCAGGUGCCCACCAGAAAACCUGGGAUGCCAGGGGCCCACUUUCUAGGGGCCCACUUUCCAAACUAUUAUACCUCCUCUCCUAACUCAACCUCUUUAUUCUCCUAGUCUCUUUUCUCUACAUACAAUACUAUAUUCUUACAUUAUUAGAAAUAGGUAAUGAACAUGAAAUAAGCCAAAUGUUUAUAAGCAAGAGGCCCACUGACACCUGGGCCCACCCGGAGUUUUCCUGGUAUCCCGGUGGGCCAGUCUGACACUGGCUCUCACUGUAAAAAAAACCUUUCGAAUAUUUAGGCGGAACCUCUUUUCUUCUAAUGACCUUGUCAGCUGGAAAGACCUACUGGUAAAUAAAUAAAGAGAUUAUUAUAUGAUCCCCUUAUAUAUUUAUACAUAGUCAUCAUAUCUCGCCUUAAGCGCCUCUUCUCCAGCGUGAACAUCCCCAAUUUGGCCAGUCUUUCCUCAUAGCUAAGAUUUUUCCAUUCCUUUUACCAGCUUAUUUACCCUUCUCUGUACCCUCUCUAAUACAAUAGUGUCCUGUUUGAGUGAUGGAGACCAAAACUGUACGGCAUAUUCUAGAUGGGGCCUUACAAGUGCUCUAUACAGUGGAAGAAUAACCCCCUCUUCCCGUGAAUCUAUGCCCCUUUUAAUACAGCUCAAGACCUUAUUUGCCCUUGAUGCUGCUGCCAUUGCUUGCUACAGCCAAGUUUAUCAUCUACAAGGACUCCAAGGUCCUUUUCCAUAAUGGAUUUGCCUAGUGCAGUCCCAUUAAGGGUAUAAGUGGCUUGGAUUUGUUUACAUCCCAGUUGCAUGACUUUACAUUUAUCAACAUUGAAUCUCAUUUGCCACUUAGCUGCCCAGAUUGGCAGUUUGUCAAGAUCAUGUUGCAAGGAUGUCACAUCCUGGAUGGAAUAGUUUUGUGUCAUCAGCAAACACUGAUACAUUACUUACAAUACCCUCCCCUAAGUCAUUAAUGAACAAGUUAAAUAAAAGUGGACCCAAUCAAAUAUGUCUGACAUGACCUAUCCUUCAUAAAGCCAAGAUGUUGGACGGGGUUCAGGUCAGGGAUCUGUGCAGGUCAAUCAAUUUCUUCCACAUCAUAAAUUAUUUCUUUGUGGAUCUUACUUUGUGCACAGGGGCAUUGUAAUGCUGAGAUAUAAGCCCUUUCCAGGAGUGCUGCGCUAGUGAGAUGAGUUUCUCAACUUCCCUCAGAUGGCAGCUCUCCACAAGUUACCAGGGACGCAAAAAGCCCUCCUGGUAACUUUAAUAUCCGAAUUUCUGGUGUCUUUAAUGAAACUCGGGGAUUCUGCUCAGCAGGGCCAAAGAUAAGAAAUGAAUCAACUAAAUGUAUCAAUGUAUGUAUCAGUUUAGCACAGAGUCUGUGACUUCCUUCCCAGAGUUGCUUCAGAAAGACAUAAGAAAGUGAAAAAUUAAAUUUUAAACUUCAAUAUUAGAAAAAUGGUCACAAACAGAAAAUAGAGGGUAUUAAGAAAAAGUCUUUAUUUCUGGUGAACUAUCUGAAAACAACAGAAAAAGUGUCGGAAGGUGAACAACUUCUUUAAAAACUUUAUGGUCCCAAUUCUGUGAACUUGUAUGGCCUAUUCUUUCUAGGCCUAGAAUAUUCCAUUUCACAAUAACAAAACUGGGCAGGUUAACUGGGCAGGUCUAACAGAAAAAAUGAUUUGUUGGAAAUGUGGCAUCCUACGAAAGGGCCACAUUAAAGGUGACUGACAGAAUGAUCCAACUGCAACAAAGAAGUGUCUCAGGACAUUACAUCAAGCAUUAUAUGCUUGAUUUUAUGCACUAGUAAUAAAUGGGUGUGGGUGAAAUAACCAGACCUAAUAAUUAGAAGACAUGUCAAUAUACUUUUGGCCAUGUAGUGUUUUUGUAACCUUAUUAUGAACUAAAGGGGCUCUGACAAAAAUCCUAGACCUGCGAAAAGAGGCUGAAACAAAAAAAACCACAAAACCACUUGGCUAUACAAUGCAUUUUAACCUACUUACACUGCUAUCUUACACUGGAAGGAACACAUUCAAUUAAUAGAGUUUCUUUACUGAGUUAAAAAAAUAGAAAUACACUGCACUGCCUUGCACAAUGUAUGAUAUAUUUGUUGUUGUGUUUCAUAUCAUGUCCUCUGUUCUGAUCCAAGUGAUGAGGGACAACGUGCAGGGCAGGAUUUACAUAGUGGGCGCCCCUAGGCCCACUGACAUUCGUCGCCCCUGUCCCUCCAGGGGGACAGGAGCAAUGGGAAUUGGCGCAUGGGAAAUGUAAAAAACGAUUGUAUAUCAAGCACAUCCCCAGUGUUUUUGAAACAAUGUGGGUGUGGUUGGGAAGCAUGCCGCCCCCCUAAAAUCCUGCCGCCCUAGGCCCGGGCCUAGGUGGCCUUUCCACAAAUCCGGGCCUGACAACGUGACCGGUUUUGACUUCAUGAUCCCCUCAUCUGUGUUUCUCUGUCACGGGACUAUAAAAGCUCUGCACAUGCUUCUCCAUUGUCCUGGGGGUGUGUGAAAUAUUUUAGAGCAAAAUAAAUGGAAUAAAAGCAGAUAUAAAAUAAAGGAAUAUUUUUAAUGC